CCCUGACGACAGAGACCUUGACAGAACGUGGGCUCCGGAAAGACCAUGCGCUUGAGAAACAAGAGGUCGAUGGGUUAUAACGCCUCCUUGUAAGCGAGGCCGCGGCUCAGCAACCCAGAGUCUGUUUCGUUUUCCCCACUCGUACUUCUUGCAAGAGCUUGCUCUUCUGCCAGUCGUACCUGCCUUAAGGUACAGCUAUGCGUCCGACGUCUUUCCUGACUAGAGCGCUCGCCACCUCGGUUCUCUUCGUUGGCAGUGAGUCAUGCCUGGCGCAACUUCGUGGUGUUCAUGCUCAGCGUGCUUCAGUAGGCACCGGGGUCGCUCACGGGGCGCCUGUCGCGGAACGCGAACACACGCCGCUGGUUGCUAUUGUUGCGGCUGAGGCCGAGACUGCGAAUGUCGUGAGUAGACGCACGAUUCUGGGAGUGACACUCGCUUACGCUCUCUGGUGCAGGCUCGCGAACCCCCUGUGGCUAUUAAGAGCCGUAGCGGCGAGGUUGUGGACCCCACAGGUCGCCAUUCGAGUGAUUCGGUCAGUCUGGCACGCCCAUCCUCACCAUAUCGGCGGGCUAAAUUUCAGGAUCAUACAGCGCGAAGAGGGUGAGAUCCUAAAGAGAAUGUGCUUUUUCAUUUGGGGCUGCAAGUGAGGUUGAGGCUGUUUCUGCGACGCUCCGUCCUCCUGAGUCCCAGACCUUCUACUGCAGCCCCUUGAUGCUGGUCAUUCAUUCGACAUUCUCCGCCGGAAAUCCCCUUUUUGCCUUGCCUCACCUUUAUCUCGCCCUUAGCGGGCCCUACGCUCCUUCGCUAUCGUUCACACUCUAGAUCCGCCGUUCGACAACCACAGCUUAUUCGCCCUCAGACUCCACUUCCACCAUUCCCUGUCACCACGCUUGACGCGACCGACAUCCGUUCCUUCGACACCGAACAUGCCACCUAUCCCCAACUGUCUUUACCACGCUACUCGUCCUCCCGUUUGCUGUCGCUGUAGUCCGUAAUCUGUAUGCUUAUCUCGCCCGUAGCCGGUAUUAUUCCCGUCCAGACAAUUGAUGUUAUGCUGUAGCAUUAGACAUAGGGUUACAACGUUGCGCUGUGUUCCGGCCUCUGCCUCAUGGGAUAUAACGUUCAUUGGGAAGUCUAGACAGAGUGAAAAGGCUAUAUGUCUUAAAGUUACACCGUUACGGUACAAAAAUGGUAGUCG